CCACCCCUUCUCCGCAAGGCGGGAGGGAUUCACUGCGCUCUCCCCAAUCACACGCGAGCCCUGAGGCUGCCCCCAACAGAGAUGGCGGCCGGGGCUUCUGUAAGAGCUGACUGAGUCUUAACACCCGGGCUGCCUACCGAGGGGAGAGAAGAGUGAGCAGCUCGCGAGGAUGGAGGAGGAGGGCGGCGGCAGCAGCAGCACCGGCACGGGCACGGGCACCGGCACCGGCAGCACUGGCGGCGGUGGCACGGUCAGCGGAGGCUUGCAGCAAAGGGAGCUGGAGCACAUGGCAGAGAUCCUGGUCACUGGGGAGCAGCUACGGCUCAGGCUGCAUGAAGAAAAAGUGAUUAAAGAUCGAAGACACCACCUCAAGACAUAUCCAAAUUGCUUUGUGGCCAAAGAACUAAUUGACUGGCUGAUUGAUCGAAAAGAAGCUUCUGAUAGAGAGACAGCUAUUAAACUAAUGCAAAAAUUGGCAGACCGGGGUAUUAUUCAUCAUGUGUGUGAUGAGCAUAAGGAAUUCAAGGAUGUCAAACUCUUCUACCGCUUCAGGAAAGAUGAUGGAACCUUCCUGGAUAAUGAAGUGAAAGUAUUCAUGAGAGGACAGAGAUUGUAUGAAAAGCUGAUGAGUUCUGAAAACACGCUCUUGCAGCCGAGGGAGGAGGAAGGCAUCAAGUAUGAGCGGACCUUCAUGGCCUCCGAGCUCCUCGAUUGGCUGGUUCAGGAAGGAGAGGCCACCACCAGGAAUGAAGCCGAGCAACUUUGUCACAGGCUUCUGGAGCAUGGUAUCAUCCAGCACGUGUCUAAUAAGCAUGCUUUUGUGGAUAGCAACCUUCUCUACCAGUUUAGAAUGAAUUUUCGUCGGAGAAGAAGGCUAAUGGAACUGCUCAAUGAACGAUCUCCCUCCUCCCAGGAAACCCACGAUAGCCCCUUUUGCUUGAGGAAACAGAACAGUGACAACCGAAAACCCACCAGUUUUAUGUCAGUGAGCCCAAGCAAGGAGAUCAAGAUCGUGUCUGCAGUGAGAAGGAGCAGCAUGAGCAGCUGUGGCAGCAGCGGUUACUUCAGCAGCAGCCCAACCCUCAGCAGCAGCCCCCCAGUGCUCUGCAACCCCAAGUCAGUGUUAAAGAGACCAGUCACUUCUGAAGAACUCCUGACACCUGGGGCGCCAUAUGCAAGAAAGACUUUCACUAUUGUUGGUGAUGCAGUGGGAUGGGGCUUUGUUGUAAGAGGAAGCAAGCCAUGUCACAUACAGGCUGUGGAUCCCAGUGGCCCAGCAGCUGCAGCUGGAAUGAAGGGAGUGAGGUUGGUGUAGUGCCUGUCACACAUGGCCCAGACCAUGGAGCACCAGGAGGCAUGGCAGUACUGACUAGUGGGCCCCUG